GUAAAUAAUAGUCAAUCAGAACCUUUAAACUUUAAUUGAUUUUUUCUGGUUCCUCGAGUUUCACUCCCACGUCAGUCCGUCUCUUUGUCACUGCGAUCACGUCUUCCCCCACAGAAGAAGCAGAUACAGCAUAAAGAAGAAGCGGCAAUGGCGAAAGAAACAUACGAAGAGCUACAAGCGCGGCACAGAAAAGAGCAGCGCGAGCUAGUAGCGACGGUGACGAGUUUGAAGAAAUCAGCGACAAAGGGCGAGAAGCGCAAGAAGAAAGAGGUGCUUGCGAAAUGCGAGCAGAUGGAGCGAGAUCUUGCGGCGCGGCAUUUUGCUGAGGUGCAGGCUUUUGAGGAGGGCGGGGAGGGCGCGGAGGAGCCGGUAGAGAAAGAGGCGGAGGAAGAAGAGGAGGAAGAGGAGGAGGAGGUGUCGACAGAUCAGUUGCUCGCGCAGCUGUCGCUCGCGAUCAAGACCACGCCUGCAGAGGACAGCACAGCAGCAUCAUCGGUAACAGACGAAAGCGAGUCGGGUCGGUCAAAGUCGAAAAAGAAUAGGCAGAAGGACAGGCUUGCGAGGAGGAAAGCGGCGCAGGAAGAGCUCUCGGCAGCAGCGGCGGCGGAGGCUGCGCAGACGCCUGAUUUGCGAAAGAUCGAGAUGGAGAAUGUGAGGGCGUUGACUGAGAAGUUGGGUUUGGUUGAGUACGAUAUUACACCCGACGGACACUGUCUGUUUGCGUCGCUGGCCGACCAACUCGCGCAGCGCCACAAGAUCAAGACAACGAUCAGCGAACUGCGCAAGCGGGCGGCGGACCACAUGCGGACCGAUCCGGACACGUUCACGCCGUUCAUGUUUGACGAGGCGACGCUGACGAUGCGGGAGCUGGAGCCGUACUGCGCGGAGCUCGAGUCGACGGCGAUCUGGGGCGGGGAUAUGGAGAUUCUUGCGAUUGCGAGGGAGUUUGAUUGUCCGGUGAACGUGGUGAUGAGCGGGCGGGCGCGGAUGCGGAUGAAUGAGGAUGGCAAGAAGGCGGAGUUGUGGGUCGCGUUUUACAAGCACAGUUACGGGCUGGGCGAGCACUACAACUCGCUCCGAGACCGAACAUGAUAGGAGAGCCUAAUGAGAUGAUAAUAAGAGGUUGUAGCUGAUAUGAUAGUUGGUGAUGGCGGAGUAGUCGAACGAACACGAAGACGAACACGACGCUCGGUGAAUAAGAUUAUUUUACUUCGCGUUCGGGUCCCCAACGAAAUAGAAAUAUAAACAAACGGUUUCCUCCUCCUUCGCCAU